AUGUUCUCUGACAAGGCCGGCCGCCCGCAAUCCAAUGUGCUCCUCAUCAACGAUAGCGGAGCCGUGUUCGUGGAGUCGAUCAACACCAAGAUGGAGAUGAAGACCGGCGGCUACAUCGCGAGCAUCUUGCGCCCCGUCAUCGAGAAGGUUGGCCCCGAGAAUGUCGUCGCCUUGUGUUUUGACGGCGGCUCCAAUUACGCGGCGGCUUGCAGGGAGUUGAUGACGGAGUAUCCCCACAUCGAACACAUCCCAUGCGUGACCCAUGUCCUUGAUCUCUUGAUGGAGGACAUUGGAAAAAUGGGAUGGGCGAAGGAAGUCCGGCAAGGGGAAGCAGGCUGGACAACGACUGCAAAGAGGGUAGGGGCAGAUACCUUCAAAGUCAACAUCCUCGAUGACACGUGGUGGACGCGCGCCGAGUUCUUCGCGAAACUGAUGAAUCUGCCGUUCGUCAUCAUGCGCAAGACGGACUCGGACGCGAAGGGCAUGAUGGGUCGUCUCUACGACCUCAUGCUCCAGCUCACCGAGGACAUCCGCGACUUCCUCGGCGAGCAUGCGGAAGGGGUCCUGACAAGCGGAGAGGUGGGGGAUAUUCGGGAAAUCGUGCAGGACCGCUGGGACAACGGGCUGGCAUGCGACAUGCACGUGGUUGGCCGCAUCCUCAACCCGACCAACCAGGAAGAGGGCAUCUUCGGCCAUGACCUCGAGUGCACGAAAGUCUUCAAGAAGUUCGUGUCCAAGCACUUCGACGACCAGACCAUCACCAGGAAGGACGGGGUCGAGCGCCGCGCCUCCCUCGUCAUCCAGGAAGGCCUCACUGCCUUCCUAAACCUGACGGGCUGCUUCGGCAUGCCCGACGCUAUUGCCGAUCGUAUGGCAGUGAAGGAGGGCAAGAUGACCGCGGUGGCAUGGUGGUCGUGGCACGGGACCGAACAUCCCGAGCUCACCACGCUUGCUUGCCGCAUGCUCACGCAGCCGGUGUCCGCGUCUCCAUGCGAGCGGAACUGGGCGAAGUUUGAUGCCGUGCAUACGGCACGCCGGAACCGUCUCGGCGCGGAGAAGCUUCGGGACCUUGUGUACGUGACGCACAAUUGGCAAGUUGUGCACAAUUGGCACAAGGUCCCUGAAGGGCAAGGGGUGGUGAAGGGAAACAUCGAGGAGCCCCCCACUCUGGCUGGCUACAACGUCGAGGAGGAGGUGGAGGAACCUGAGGAAGGGGAGGAUGAUGUGAUGGACGUUGAGUACUAG